UCACACCAUAGAAUGCACGGAAGAUUACCCAACUCCAUUAAACUAAUAGCAGGAAACUCGCAUCCUGAACUAUGCGAUGCCAUUGCUGCCCGAUUAGGCAUCCCUCUUGCCCGUGUUGGUGCAUUUCAGUACACCAACCAAGAAACCGCCGUCACCAUCGGAGAGUCCGUGCGUGAUGAAGACGUAUACAUUAUCCAGACCGGAACAGGCUAUGACAACUUGAACGACUUUGUCAUGGAAUUGCUCGUGAUUAUCAACGGGUGCAGAAUCGCCAGUGCCCGUCGUAUCACCGUGGUCAUCCCCACGUUCCCCUACGCCAGACAAGACAGGAAGGACAAGAGUCGAGCACCAAUAACGGCGAAGCUUAUGGCCAAUUUGUUGCAGUGUGCCGGAUGUGACCACGUAAUCACAUUGGACUUGCAUGCCAGUCAAAUCCAAGGGUUUUUCCGCGUGCCCGUGGACAACCUUUAUGCUGAACCUAGUGUGUUGAGAUACAUUACCGAUACAUUCCGCAACGAAAUCAAUGAAUUGAUUAUUGUUUCUCCCGAUGCUGGUGGAGCUAAAAGAGUUGCUGCAAUAGCUGAUAAGUUGGAUGUUCCAUUUGCAUUGAUCCAUAAGGAAAGACAAAAGGCUAAUGAAGUCAGUAGAAUGGUACUUGUUGGUGAUGUCACUGAUAAGAUUUGUGUAUUGGUGGAUGAUAUUGCUGAUACUUGUGGAACAUUGUGCAAAGCGGCCGAUGUUUUAUUAAGCAAUGGCGCUCAAAAGGUCGUUUGCGUUGUCAGUCAUGGUAUAUUCAGUGGUAAUGCCAUCACUAACUUGAACAACUCCAAAUUGGAUAAAGUUGUAUGCACAAACUCGUUACCUAUUAAAGAUAAAUUAGAACAGUGUUCUAAGUUAGAAAUGAUAGACAUAAGUCCUACCCUUGCAGAAGCAAUCAGAAGAUUACACAACGGUGAAAGUGUUAGUUAUUUGUUUAAUCAUGUGCCUGAAUAGAUCAUAUAUAUAUAUAUACAUAUAUUUAUAUCCU